GGUGUAUAUAAUCUAAUUGGAAUUUGACUGUUUACAUUUUGGAACGAAAAUUUCGUCAAAAGAUUGGAAAUCUUGGAUUUUUCGUAGCAUAUCGGAUUAACACAUGUUAUAUUCUGGUUAACAUUGAUUUAUCUUGAGUAAUCAUCACUGGAAAGAAAAAUGGUGGAUUCUUCGGAACAUUUAUUGGCAUUAAAAGUUAUGCGUCUGACCAGGCCAACCUUGGUGAGCUCUCAGAUUGUCACAGCCGAGGGUAAGGACUUACCACAAAACACCUUUGACAAGAUCCUCCGUGCAGCAGCGACGACAGUCGAGGGAAGCGAAACGUUGACCGCGGGACAGUUUAUGCUGCUGCCUCAGAGCUUCGGGAACAUUUAUCUAGGGGAAACGUUUUCCAGCUACGUGUGUGUCCACAACUGUCGUUCACAUCCCGUGACAAGUGUAUCGGUCAAAGCCGACCUCCAGUCCAACAACAGUCGGAUCAGCUUGCCAAUCCACGCGGACAAGCAGAGUCCGACAACGCUGGAACCGGACCAAACGCUAGACGAUGUAAUUCAUCAUGAGGUUAAAGAAAUAGGCACGCAUAUAUUGGUUUGCGAAGUUUCGUACAUGAGUCCAGCAGGUCUGGAAACUUCGUUUAGAAAAUUUUUCAAAUUUCAAGUGGUCAAACCGUUGGACGUGAAAACUAAAUUUUACAACGCCGAAACCGAUGAAGUGUACCUGGAGGCCCAAAUUCAAAACAUCACCGUUGGACCUAUUUGUCUGGAAAAGGUGGAACUGGAAAGUUCGGAACAGUAUACAGUGGUGUCGUUGAAUAAUCUACCCUCGGGAGAGUCUGUUUUCUCGCAGCGGAACAUGCUGCAGCCGCAAAAUAGCUGUCAAUUUCUGUACUGCAUCAAACCGAUCGAGGCCAUCUUAAACGACCCGAAGGCACUGAAAGCUGCCAACAAUAUUGGAAAGUUGGACAUCGUCUGGCGGUCUAAUUUGGGGGAACGUGGUCGGUUGCAAACCAGUCAGUUACAAAGAAGCCCCAUUGAGUAUGGCGACUUGAGACUGACAGUGAUUGCAGCGAAGAGCACUGUUAAAAUUGGAGAGGGAUUUGAUUUUAAAUGCCGUGUUACGAACACAAGCGAGCGUUCCAUGGACUUGGUGAUGAACCUGAAUACUAAAGCUAACGUUGGUUGCGGUUAUACAGGCCAAACCGAAAUUUCAUUAGGACCAGUAGAACCUGGAAAAUAUAAAGAUUUUGAUCUUACCGUUUGCCCUGUCCGUUUGGGCUUAAUUACCAUAAGCAGCUUGCAAUUGACCGAUGUGUUUAUGAAGCGAAAGUACGAAUUUGAUGAUUUUGUGCAAGUUUUUGUAGUUGACGAAGAUUACGAAGAGAAUGAUUUCCAGUUGGACAAAUAUGUUCGGUAUAAUAUUCCACAAACAGCUUAAGUUAAAUUCUGGAUUUAUUGGAGAUUCAUUACAAUAAAACGUUAAAAUAAAACAUACCAAAAAGGCCAAAAA